AUCUUUGAGCCCGGCUCGGUAUUUUUUGCUUCAAUACUCAUGCAGAUGUUCAGUUGAGACCUCAAUUCCUCUUAGCUUAUGGUUGAGUUCAAUUUACACGUGACUAAGAGGAUACUCUCGAUACUGUUUACCGACUAUGCAUAGGACUGCUUAACCUGCAUUGAAUUUAAUGUGAUUAAGAGGAUACUGUCGAUACUGUGUACCGACUAUGCAUAUGACUACUUAACCUGCAUUGAAUUUAAUGAGAGGUACAUGGAUUAGCUUCACAAGAGUCCUCGAAGAUAAAUCUUCAAUUAAUACCCGGUUGUGAAGUAACUAACCUGCACGUAAAGGACGUUCUGCGCUUGCAUUCCAGUAUUGUGAAAUUAAAAGUACUUUUCACCUUGCUCGAAUGGUGCAGUGUAGCGAGGAUGAUCAAAAAACUUCUUGAUCUUCUCGUUAAGCUUCUCUCUCGGAUCGCAGGUCCUCUAACACCGAUUCCGUCUAUUCCACCUGCUUCGCCACAACUAAUUCGUUUCCUCGGCGUCAGGAGGAUCUUCAAUCCUAAACACACACAAGACACAAUUCAAUCGAAACAACUGUCACAUCUCAAAAUCGAAAAGUUCAUGGAUCUCAUUUCAUUUAGUUACCAUCUGUACGGAUCGGCGACUCUAACGCUAGGAUAGAUAUUCAUCGACGACGGAGUCGUCUCACACCCUUGCCUCGCGACAGGAUAAUACAACGGCAAGUCUAGGCAGCACAGAGGGAGCCCGAGAGAGAGAGAGAGUCCCCUGUGGGAAGGGAACUUUGAAUUUGGUACCAAAAAAAGGAGGGAGGUUUAGGAGGAGACGGUGCGUGAAGGAGCGAGCGUAUGAGAUCAUAGUAUACGCGUGCGUCCAGAUAAUUUUUUAAACCAAACUAUGUCGUUACGGUGUCGUAUGAGAUCAAUCGUCAACGUCUUGGAAUUCCAUUUUGUACUAGGAUAUGAUAAUCUUUUUUUUCCCUGAUAAGAUAUGAUAAUCUUUUCUAAUCCUAUUAAUUUUUGUAUUUCUAUAAAAAUAUAAAUAACUAUGAUUUUUAAUAAUUAAUCCUAUAUCUUCUUGGAUUAUGACUUAAACGAGAAGCCUUAAACAAUCUCUCUAUAAAAUAAAGGGACAGUGUAAAUUAAUCGUUCAUUAAUCGUCACUAAACAAACGAUGGACUUUCUUACAUUUGCCCAGAAGCAGCUAAAGCAUGCUGUCCAAAAGAUUAAGACUACAAUGUUGACUAUUGUAGAACACCAACCUGAAGAAGAAGACCAGCUGCCAUGGCUCAUCCUUCCGAGCCAUGAUUUCAGAACAAAUUCCAUAACUUUCUUGGAUUUCUCCGUCAAUGAAGUCAUCAAUCUCAAAUUCCCAGAGACUCAAGGGAAAAUAAUUUGUGGGUUUUCGAUGAAUUGGCUGAUCAUGAUUGAUGAUGGAGCUUCAGAGAUCACACUGUUCAGUCCCAUCACUAGAGAUCAGAUCCGACUCCCACCGAUCAUGUACAAAUCAAUGAAACAAGAGUUUGUUCACAAAGCCAUACUAUCGUCGUCUCCUGAUAACUCUCUUACUGACUACAUUGUGAUGGUAAUCUAUGGAGAAUCAAAACAACUAGCUUACUACAAUGCUAGUAUUAAAACAUGGACAUUACUUGAAGAAGCCGGGUCUUAUUACGAUGAUAUAAUCUGUUUUGAAGACGGGCUUUACGCGGUUGAUGAGUACGGAAAACUGGUGAUUUUCAACCCUAAUCGUUGUUCUAAGAUCACAGUAAUAUUGAAUCCAUCAUUGUUUCAAGGACAGAAGCUAUAUCUUGUGGACUUAGAAGGGGACUUGGGUUUGGUUAUAAGGUACAUAAGUGAUGAACCUAACAUAGGUUGUGGAACAUAUAAAUUUACAGUUCACAUUCAAGAUCAAGGGAAGUGGGUGGAGAUUAAAAACUUGGAUGAGUGUGCAGCUUUAGUUGGGUACAAUCAGUCCAUAGUUCUAUGUAGUGAGAGAUUGAAAGGAUUGAAGAGUGAUUGCAUUUACUUCACGGAUUACUAUUUGGAUGAGAAGAUCAAGGGUGGCAGCCAAGAAAUUUGCGUCUUUAGCUUGGAAAAUUGUAGUUUCCAGUCGUUGAGAUAA